UCUUUCUCUCCUUGGUGUGUCCGCUCCGUCGGGGCUUCCCCUCCUCCUUCCGCCGCCAUGGAAGCCAUCAAGAAGAAGAUGCAGAUGCUGAAGCUGGACAAGGAGAACGCCAUCGACAGGGCCGAGCAAGCCGAGGCAGACAAGAAGCAGGCCGAGGACCGGUGCAAACAGCUGGAAGAGGAGCAGCAGGGCUUGGGCAAGAAGCUGAAGGGCACCGAGGAUGAGGUGGAGAAGUACUCCGAGGCCGUCAAGGAAGCCCAGGAGAAGCUCGAGCUGGCCGAGAAGAAGGCCACCGACGCAGAGUCCGAUGUGGCCUCCCUGAACCGACGCAUCCAGCUGGUGGAAGAGGAGUUGGACCGGGCCCAGGAGCGUCUGGCCACCGCUCUGCAGAAGCUGGAGGAGACCGAGAAGCUGGUGGAUGAGAGCGAGAGAGGCUUGAAGGUCAUCGAGAACCGUGCCAUGAAGGACGAGGAGAAGAUGCGGGACCAGGAUUCACAGCUGAAGGAGGCCAAGCACGUGGCUGAGGACUCCGACCGCAAAUACGAGGAGGUGGCCAAGAAGCUAGUCAUCCUGGAGGGAGACCUGGAGCGCUCUGAGGAACGAGCAGAGGUGGCUGAGAGUAAAUGUGGGGACCUUGAGGAAGAGCUGAAAAUUGUCACCAACAACCUCAAGUCCCUGGAGGCCCAGGCCGACAAGUAUGCCACCAAGGAGGACAAAUACGAGGAGGAGAUCCAUCUGCUGACAGAAAAACUCAAGGAGGCCGAGACCCGAGUGGAGUUUUCGGAGAAGUCCGUGGCGAAGUUGGAGAAAACCAUUGAUGAACUGGAAGAUGAGGUCUAUGCCCAGAAGAUGAAGUACAAAGCCAUCAGCGAGGAGCUGGACAACGCCUUGAACGACAUCACCUCCCUUUGAGACCCCUCCUCACUUUGCCAGACCUCACCUCCUCCUUCUCCUCUGUCUCCAUCUGUCUGUCUGUCCGUCCUUCCUUCCUUCCUUCCAUGGAUGCUUCUGCUGCUGCACCAACUACCUCCUCUCCCUCCUCUCCCCCCCCCUC